CCGCCUUCAACCCCCACUCAGUCCGCUCUCCCACCUCUUCCCUGUCUCUUUCCAACUCGUCGCAUGAGCGUGCAGAACCUCAACACUUUCGACCCCUUCGCAGACGAGGGAGACCCGCUCAACAGCAGCCAGGACGUCGGCUCGCAGCAGAACUACAUCCACAUCCGUAUCCAGCAGCGGAACGGACGCAAGACCCUGACGACUUUGCAGGGCCUGCCCAAAGAGUAUGAUCUCAAGAAGCUCUUGAAGGCAUUCAAGAAGGAAUUUGCCUGCAACGGGACCCUCGUUGAUGAUGAGGAGUCUGGCCAAGUCAUCCAGCUCCAGGGUGAUCAACGCCUCAAGAUCUCUACGUUCCUCGUCGGGGAGGGCAUCGCGAAGGCCAGCAUCAAGGUCCACGGUUUCUGAGUAGUAGUAGCCCUGCGUCGAGGCAGGAAGCUAGAGCACUGGUUUAGUCUUGGACCUCUUCCAUUCUCUUCCUUCAGCGCUUCAUGUUGCGUUCCCGUCCGCCAUCCCUUUUGUCCUAUAGCUGCAUGUUUGUACUACGUACUGUGACGAUAUAUCGGACUCCUCACGCCAUAGAUGUAACAUCGUGAGCUCAGAGCGCCUUGUAAUUGUGGGAUCAUGAUACAUGAUGGUGUGGUCUACGGAACGACCAAAACUCACGCUCACCUAUAUGUUGGACACAUUCC